GUAGCAGAGGGUGGUGGUCCGUGUGCCCCAAAACACGCAUGCGCCACGAUAUCUCUGCUGCAGAACCGUGGAGUAGAUGCUACCAAGGAAACAGGCAUGCAGACAGCAGGGAACCCUGAUUUAAGCGUCCUCCAUUCUUUUUGACUACGAUAAUGCAAGGGACAUACUGAAACGUUUUCUAAUAAGAUUCAUAAGGCCUUGUCAUUAAAAACUAGCAGGGUGAGGGAAAAUAAAAAAAUAUUAAAGGAAAAAAAAACACUGGUCUCAAGUGAGUGUGCGGCACAGGUGUAGCCAUGCCGCUGGUGAAGAGGAGCAUCGAGCCAAGGCACCUGUGCCGAGGAGCUCUGCCAGACGGGGUGACCAGCGAGCUCGAGUGUGUCACUAACAGCACCCUGGCGGCCAUUAUCAAACAGCUGGGAAGUCUGAGUAGGCACGCGGAGGACAUCUUCGGGGAGUUGUUCAAUGAGGCAAACAGCUUUUACAUGCGCAUGAACAGCCUGCAGGAGAGGGUGGAUCUAUUGGCUGUGAAGGUCACGCAGCUGGACUCCACUGUGGAAGAAGUGUCUCUGCAGGACAUCAACAUGAGGAAAGCCUUCAAGAGCUCCACCAUCCAGGACCAGCAGGUAGUCUCCAGAACCUCUGUGCCCAACCCGGUAAUGGAGAUGUAUCACCGCUGUGACAAGCCGCCACCCCUGAACAUCCUCAGCCCCUACAGGGAUGACAAGAAGGACGGCCUGAAGUUCUAUACAGACCCGUCCUACUUCUUCAACCUGUGGAAAGAGAAGAUGCUGCAGGCCACUGAAAACAAAAGAAAGGAGAAACGGAGGCAGAAGACCAGCGGCCCCGCCCACUCAGACCAGGCUAGGCCCCAGUCCAGACAGGCCCAUUCCAGAAGUCCCCUGUUCGGCUCAGAGCAGAAACAGGUGGAGGACCCCAGCCGCGAGGUGAAGAAGGUGCGCAAGGCCCGGAACCGGCGCCAGGAGUGGAACAUGAUGGCCUACGACAAGGAGUUCCGCCCAGACACCCGUCUCACGCCGUCGCCCUACCACGGCAUGUCGUCAGAGGGCUCCCUGUCCCCCGACAACAGGUCAGUGAUGUCAGACAUGGGGGAGCAUUCCUUCCCCGCCAGCCCCAACCACCCCUCCCAGCCGGUGAGCGGCUCCAGCUCCUACAGCACGGCGGAGGGCAGGGAGCUCCUGGCCGCCCCCGCCCAGACCCAGUCCCUGGACCGCGUGUACCGCCCCAUCGUCGCCGCCGCCGGCAGGCAGGCCAACUCCCUGGGCCGCGUGCAGCCCCCCCACGCCCCGCCGCCGGCCGACCCCGCGCUCAACGGGCCCCGCCCGCAAGCCGUCAAGGACUACGGUGGGCAGCAGCACCCUGAGGGAUUUGUGCCUCCAGCCCCGCCCCCUCCCCCACCACUCAUCCCCUCUGCCCAAACAGCAUUUGACAGCCCGACCGUACCCCCUGCCCUGCCCCCCAGUGCCAUGGCUGCAAUGUCCCGCCCCUACAGCCCGUCUCCUCCCCCUGCCCCGCCCUCCUCGUACGCGCCUUCUCCGUCCCACCCUCCGUCCGGCGGAGGUCCUCCGGUGGCUCCUCCCCCGCCCCCACCCGGACCCCCGACGCACGUCCUCUCCCCCGCCCGCAACUUUGCCCCUUCCGCCGGCGAGGCGCCGCCCAGAAAGGGCCAAGUCCCAGUCAUGCCCAUGAGCGAUGCCCGCAGCGAUCUGCUGGCUGCCAUCCGCAGAGGUAUCCAGCUGCGGAAGGUGCAGGAGCAGCGUGAGCAGGAAGCCAAGAAGGAGCCGGUGGGCAACGACGUGGCCACCAUCCUGUCGCGCCGCAUCGCCGUGGAGUACAGCGAGUCCGACGACGACUCCGAGCUGGAGGAGAACGAGUGGUCCGACUGAGCGGCCCGAGGGCGGCGGUGCGGCACGGCGCGCACGCUUAAAGCACACUCUGCUGCUACUCCCCCCCC